AUGUCCCUGGGGCCACUGAAAUUUCAGGCGGUGGGCGAGGAAGACGAGGAGGUUGAGGAGGAGGAGAGCCUGGACUCCGUGAAGGCCCUGACAGCCAAGCUGCAGCUGCAGACACGGCGGCCCUCAUAUCUGGAGUGGACAGCUCGGGUCCAGAGCCAGGCCUGGUGCAAGGCCCAACCCAGACCUGGGCCUGGGGGACCUGGGGCUAUCUGCGGCUUCCACUCAAUGGACUCCGCCCUUGAGUGGCUCCGACGAGAGCUGCGGGAGAUGCAGGCUCAGGACCGGCAGCUGGCAGGACAGCUGCUGAGGCUGCGAGCCCAGCUGCACCGGCUGAAGGUGGACCAAGCCUGUCACCUGCACCAGGAGCUGCUGGAUGAGGCUGAGCUGGAGCUGGAACUGGAGCCGGGGGCCGGUCUGGUCCUGGCCCCGCCGCUGCGGCACCUGGGACUCACACGCAUGAACAUCAGCUCCCGGCGCUUCACCCUCUGCUGAGGGACACUUACGCAUCUCCCGGGUCACCACUGCUCCUUC